UUGUGUUGAUUAGACAAUAUGGAGAAGAUGGCCCCUGCAUUUGCAAUGCGUAUCAUGAUCUUUGCAAUUCUUGCUUUUCACCCUUUAACAGUCUUUGGUGGUGAUACUGGCAUCAACUACGGAAGAAAUGGAGACAAUCUGCCUUCUCCAAGACGAGCAAUUGAUUUCAUCUCCAGAGAAAUGAACAACAAAAUCUCAUUGAUACGUGUUCACGAUGCCAACCUUGAAAUCUUAGAGGCAUUGAGUGGAACAAAUCUGGUGGUGACCAUAGGAGUCCCCAAUGAGGCAAUUGCCUAUGUAGCAUCAAGCCAGGAAGCUGCAGAUAAGUGGUUCCAAGACCACAUUGUCACAUACAUCCGAAAAGGUGUUAGGUUCCGUUAUCUCUGCGUAGGAAACGAAGCCAUCCCAAGUACUGUUGUUGCAUCCUAUGUCCUGGGAGCCAUAAAAAAUCUCCAUGAGUCAAUUAGGAAGGAAGGGAUAGAUUACAUAUUUGUCACGACUGCUGUUGGAGGCAGUGUCUUAGGAGCCUCAUACCCUCCUUCCCAGGGCCAAUUUGCUCCGGGAGUAGCCCAGGUAAUGAGCCAUCUGACUUGCUUUCUACAUAGCAUCGGCUCGCCACUUCUGAUCAAUGUGUACCCUUUCUUUGCCCUUGCCUCGGAGCCCAACCAUAUUCCGUUAGACUAUGCUUUGUUCCAGUCUCAAACGCCUGUCAUUAUUGACGGGAACUUAGAGUACUAUAAUCUAUUUGAUGCCAUGGUUGACGCCUUUUUAGCAGCAAUGGUGAGGGCAGUUGGAAGGGAGGAUGUCAAACUUGUUGUGUCCGAGACGGGCUGGCCAACAGCAGGUCUUGCUCCCUAUUCAAGCAUAGAAAACGCAAGAAUUUACAACAGCAAACUGAGGGAGCAUGUUAUUGGAGUAGGGAGAACACCAAGAAAGGCUGACAUGAUUAUGGAGGUUUACAUCUAUGAAAUGUUCAAUGAGAACCUCGUGGCUGAGGUAGUGAAGAGAAAUUUUGGGUCCUUUUAUCCUGACUUCAGAGAGGUAUACCCAUUGUGGCAUUGAUUGUAACUUGAUGAAGGGGCUCUGAAUUCACCAACUACAUAUAUAUGUAGUUCUUGAAUUUGACUUUGAUAAACUUUUGGAAUAGAAAUCUGAAUAAUUUUUAUU